CAAUGGUAAUUCGGGUGCAAGCCUUGUUCCUUUUCUGUUUUCGGUUAUCAUAUCACAGAUUUUGGGCAAAAAUUAGGAGAAAAAUGUAGUUUCCUACUCUUGUGUCAAUUCCAUAUGUAGUUCGUUAAUUUUUUUAGUUCCUAAGAUUUUGUGCCUUUUUCAAACCAAAAUGCUUUCAAGAGAUGUCUUACACUCUCGGUUCGGGGAAACUAUUGAGGAAUACGAGAUCCACAAUUUACUGGGACAAGGCGGCUUUGCAAAUGUCUAUCGGGCAAAAUGCCUGAGGUCAUCUUUAGAUGUAGCAAUUAAAAUGAUUGACAAAAAAUUAAUGGAGGCUAGAAAAAUGACAAAACGAGUCAGAGAGGAGGUAGCAAUUCAUUCACGACUGAAACAUCCCUCCGUUAUUGAGCUCUAUACUUUUUUUGAAGACUCAAACUAUGUGUACCUUGUUCUCGAACUAUGCCACAAUGGGGAACUCUCUAGCUACCUAAAAAGACUGGGACAUAAAUGCAGUGAAAAUGAAGCAAAAAAUAUUGUCAGACAAGUUGUUGAAGGUCUCAUGUAUUUACAUUCUCACAAUAUCUUGCACCGUGAUAUUUCUUUGCCCAAUCUACUUCUCACCAAAGAUUUACGUGUAAAAAUAGCUGAUUUUGGUUUGGCAACCCAACUUUCUCGCCCGGAUGAAAAGCACAUGACAAUGUGCGGUACUCCAAAUUAUAUCUCUCCUGAGGUUGUCACGAAAAGUGCUCACGGUUUAGAGAUUGAUGCUUGGAGUGUUGGAAUUUUAUUGUACACUUUACUUGUUGGGCAUCCACCAUUUGACACAGACGCAGUCAAAAGUACUCUGACAAGAGUAGCGAUGGCACCCCUCGAGAUUCCGGCUCACUUAUCCAUGGAGGCAAAAGAUUUGAUUCAAAGCCUUCUCCAGAAAAAUCCUGAAAAGCGAAUGCGGUUGCGUGACGUUUUAACUCAUCCUCUAAUGCUAAAGGAAUCGGACUUUCCAGCAUUGAAUCAUAGGGCGUACCUUUCCGGCAGUGGUUCUGAUAGUGGAGUCUGCACAAUGACAACCUCAUCCAACCACACGAAUUCGCCUGGUUUUUCACAAUCCAAUUUCAGAGUGGGCCCAUUGCAGAAUCCAAAUUUUGCCUCUAGUGUAUCAGGACCACAUCAUUGUGCUAGUAACUCUUAUUCUUCCUCAACAAAAGUGCCUUCGGGUUUGGACAUGAACCGUGCUGAAUUCGCUUCUGCUUUAGAUUCUCAACCUUUUCAUUCUGAAGAACUGUUUUCACAACAUCAUAUUAAAAGAUCUGAUGAUGCUUGCUAUCAGACAAUCAGGGGGACCAAAGUCAAAGAAAAAGAACCAGAGUACCUCCGCUCAAAAUUUCCCUCCUACUUAGAUGAAAACUCCUCCCAAAACUAUAUACCAUCCCUACCAUCUAAGCACGUUUCCGAGACUUCGCGCAACCAUACCAACAAGAACGCACCCAAUUACGAAUCCAGAGGUUGCGGAAGCGAAAACAGCGUUCUGUCCGGCCUCGUACCACCUGACAAGAGUUUCAUCUUUCAAAGUGUCCAAAAUCUUUCAAACCCCAGCAAUGAUGAGCGUUUCCACCAUCAGCAUGGGCCAAAUGUACGGAGUGAAUCAUUUAACCAUCAGAAUCACACUUCGCUCAUGUCAGUGCGGAAAUGUUGUAGCGAAGGGCAGGAAACUAUGUUGAACAAUGAAAAAUGUUUCAACUGGUGUCAAAACCUGCAGUUUAGGCCUGGAUGUGUUUCAAGUGCCCACAAUACGCAUUCUACAGAGAUGAAUCAUGCAAUGAAAGGUGGAAUCGGGGUUCCACCACUGAAUUCAACAAGGUUGCAGCCCACCAGACAUAGGACAAAAAAUGCUGCGCUCAGUAUUGUAGAAAAUGGAGAAGUAAUAGUGGAAAUUAUCAAACACAAGGGGGCCGAAGAAAAAGUCAUUGAUGUCUGUCAGAUUUCGAGUGAUGGUUUGCGGGUAAUCCUUUACCAGCCGAACAAAGGCAAGGGUAUUCCACUCAGCAACAAACCUCCUCCGUUACCAUCAGAGGGAGCCGACGCUAUCUAUAGCUAUGAAUCACUGCCGGAAAAACACUGGAAGAAGUAUGUUUAUGCAUCACGAUUCGUCGCUUUGGUGAAAACCAAAACGCCUAAAAUAACAUACUAUAGUCCGCUAGCAAAGUGUCUCCUCAUGGAAAAUGGACCAGAUGCUGACUUUGAAGUUUAUUUUUAUGAUGGUGGGAAGAUAGGGAAAACCGGCAAAAGUGUAAAAAUAACUCAUUCUUCUGGAGCUAAUGUUUUACUGGAUGUAUCAACGCAAACAGAUCAUCUGGAUUCCUCUGUACAACUCAUGUGGAAGUACUAUAAACAGUAUUAUGAUCAUUGCCGAUCGUUGGAGAUGGCAUUAUCAUCCGUUGAAAGUGGAAGCAAUGAUUGCUUCCCAGCAAUCAUUGGCCGCAGACCGAAUUCCACUUCAGCUCUUUCAAGCAGCGGUAAGGAAAAUCAAGCCAAUGAACAGUAUUUAUCUCCACCAGCCCAACAGCUCCUGUCUUUUGAAGUGUCAAAAUUCAGCUGUUUAUCUGGAGUUGAUUCUGGGUUUAAACACGGAUUCUCAGAUGCGCCAUGUCGAGUCCUUUCGACCACUCCAUUUAAGAAAAUUGAAGUGCCCAACAUAGGAAUCGCCACUGAAACACCCAAUGGAGAGAUAAAAGUAGAGUACCAUGAUGGGCGGGAACUCCGAGUGAAACAGAAUGGAUCGGUACGUUGCGUCGAUUUUGAUGGUUCUCUCCAGGAAUUUGCGCAGGGUUCUUUCGACAAACUGCCCUCGUGGGUUGAAUCCCGGUUGCUUAAGAUCCCGAUAAUUGUCCAGCACCUAGCAUCCACAAACGCACCCCCCAAAACGAGGCCUUACAGAUGAUAUUCAUUCAUUCGAGAUUAAAUUGACAUCAUCCAGCCAUGAUUUCUCCUUCAAAUCAACAGAAGUCUCUGUGUGGGAGAAGAGGUAGAAAUCAUAAAUUCACAUCAUGACAUCACCUUUCAAAGAGUACUCUUGACUGUGGCAGGAGUACAAUUUGUUUUUAAACGAUUUCUUCAAUUGAAAGGGGGAUGAGAAUUAAUUUUUAGCAUCUUUUGUUUUUGGUCGAUAUUGUAUGAGAAAGAAAAUCAAGCUUUAACUUGCAGAAAAAGUUAGCAUUUUAAAGAUUUAAAGUGAGUCGAAAUAAGAUGCAGUAGUAUUUAUACUGAGAUUUGAUGGAAAAUUGAUAGAUAAAGUUUUUAUAUUUGUGCCACUCUUUAGCUGCUGGUUUGGUCUGUAGCUGAUCGUGAAUUGUGAUUGCUGUAAGUGUCUGUUUUGUUAUCUUUAAAAUUUAUCGAAAGUUAAUUUUUUAAAAUCUUCUUGUAGAAAAAUUAUCCAAAAUCAAUGUAUCAAUCCAGUGCUUUACUUGCCGUAAUGAGGCAAGUAAAACAAUACUUCCAGCUCUAUUUUUGCAAAUAGAAUUUUUGCACCUAUUCUUUAGAA